CGAUCUUACUUCUAUGGGCCUACCGGCGGACACAGAAAUCGAGGAAUGCCUGCGAGUCAUCGUCCGGCUUGGAGUGAAGAAUGAGGAAGAGAUCACAGUCAACAAGGCGCGUCAACAGGCUGAGAAGGAAUUGGGACUCGAUGACGGCUUUCUCAAGAACGACGCGAAAUGGAAGGCGAAGAGCAAGUUGGUCAUAAACGAAACUAUGCAGGAGGAUGACGGGGAGGAAGAGGAGCAGGCGCUCGAAUCACCAGACAAGCCCGAGGCAGAAACGCCAGAGGAAUCACCGCCAAAAGCGAAGGCCCGGCCAGCCGCCAAAACCAGGAAGCGGAAAUCGGAUGAUGCCUCAUCGGCCAGGACGAAACGUAGGAAGACGGCCGAGUCAGCUGAGGAGGCAUCCGAAUCAUUCAGCGAUGGCGACGAGGAAGACGAGGUUGUGGAGUCUAAGGAGGACUCCGCCAACGACUCGGAUUCAUUUGCGGAGGAUGCGACAC